GCUACAUGUGCAAAAAUGCAUGUCUUAAUUUAUUUAUUUUUACUGCUUUUUGUGGCUAAAAGCGUGGUUGAAACGGCCAAAUUGAACCAUCCGCGUGUGCUGCUUCCAAUAUUUCAGCACAAAUCUAUCAAUUUCACAUUGGAAGUGGUCGAUCCCAAUUGUUACAAAUGGACUUCAUCGCGACAGGACUUGAUAAGUGUAACCCCAGUCUAUAAUGGCUUUAGUGAGUGCGCCAGCCAGGCUGUGGUUACAGUGCAAACGCGCGAGAGACGCCGUAAUACGGCCAUUGUUUUUGCUGAGGAGCUAGCAACAGGCGCAACACUGCGCUGUGAUGUUAUUGUGGAUACAAUUGAUCGCCUAAAUGUGCGCACGGCAACGCGUCAGCUGUACCUGGAAGAGGCGCCAGCAACAUUCGAGCUGCAUGCGUUUGACUCUCAAGGGAAUGAGUUCUUUACGCUGGAAGGCAUUGAAUUCAAUUGGGAGAUAUCUUCCUCUAGCAACAGCAUGCCGCCUGCGCUGCGCUUUCUUACCUUCUCGGACAGUCCGUUUCAUGUAGUGCCGCCUGCGCUGGAGAGAUUUGAGGCCAGUGGCGUCAAGGGCUACAUGAUACUGCUAGAGGGCAUAAACACGGGCACAUCCAAGGUUGCGGUGAGCAUGCCGCAGCACGAGUAUCGCGAUGUACCGCCUAUUGAAGUGUAUAUAAGCGUGCUGGCCAAUAUUAUUAUAGAACCUUCAGAGGUAACCAUACUGGCUGGCGAUAACAUAAAUUUUCGCAUACUGCAGCUUAAGAUGGACAAGCUGCAUGACAUAACCGACAAUCGUCAGUACUAUUUGGAGAUGGAGGAUACGGAAAUAGCUUAUCUCAAGAGUAACAGCGCUACAGGCUCACGUCUUGGACGCACACAGAUCUUUUUGCGAGAUCACAAUAUGCCGCAGCAAGAUAACAACACAGUCGACAAGCCCAAGGGACCCAGCGCGCUGCUUACAGUAGCGGAACCACAAAAGCUGGGCAUAAGUCUGCUGCCGCAUAGCAAUUGGAUAACAGUCAAGGGUGAGCGUCAUGAGGUGGCGCUGGAUUUGUAUGCCGGUGAUGGACAAAAGAUAACGCUGGGCACACGCUAUAACAUAGGCUCUGAGCUGGAUGAAACGCUGUUUGGCAUACUGAAGAAGACGCGCAAUGGCAGUCGGUUGUAUGGUGAGGCGUUAAAAGAAGGCGUCACCCAAGUCUAUGGCAGUUACAAGGAGCUCUCAGUGCAGGCAGAGCUACAUAUCUAUGAUGAGCUGCGUCUGCAGCCUCAAAUGGUUAUACUGCCCUAUGAUCCCAAUACAUUGAAGGCACAAAAGUUGCAGUUUCUUGCAAGUGGCGGCGAUGGCAACUAUGCAUGGUUCUCUGGCAAUCCACAAGUGCUGCAAAUAGAUGGCCAAGGCUUGGCUACUACAGAGAUACGUGACAUACGUUUGCCUGGUGGUGCAGGUGCGCAAGAACUUUACGAGGCAGGCUCAUUGCUGACAGCGCAUACCACAGUGCGUGUAGCUCUAAGCAAGAAUCAAAAGGUUGCAAGACAGGCGCAGAUUUACUUUUUGCCACCGCACAAGUUGGAGAUCAAACGCUAUAAUUUUGAAACUGCAUUAAAGGAUUAUGUGAACCUGCAUGUGGCUGUCUAUACGCAUGUUAAUGGCAGCUAUAUGCCUUACACCAAAUGCGAUAAUCUGCAUUUCCAAUUGGACUUUCAGCAUCAAAUACUGCAGCUGGAGAACAACGCUGCGGAUGUGACUACAACUGCGCCUGAAGCUUGUCAUGUGCUGCGUCUACGCGCCACCGCAGUGGGCAGCACCUCACUGCGCAUUACCUACAAUUUCCAAGACAAACUGCUGCAGGACACUGUCGACUUGCAUGUGUUUGAUCCGUUGAGCGUGCUUAACCCGCUAGAGAAUGAACUUGUGCUGCCCAUUGGUGCUUCACGCAAUAUUAUCUACGCGCAUGGACCACAACGCAUCUUUACGCUGGAUGCAGAGCUAACCAAGGCUAUAGAUUUCAAUGCCAAGCUUAUACAAGUUUCGGAAAUCGAAUUCGAUACACAAAAUGCCAUCACCGCGUUCAAUGUGCUGUGCCGCAGCUUGGGUGAAACAGAGUUUACCUAUCGCGUGCACAAUACGCUGGGCGCGCUCAACUUUGAAGCCUACAAUGCUCAAGUGACCACCAAGGUGCACUGCGUGCGUCCGCGUUUUCUCAAGUUGUAUGCGCGUCAACAGCUGCGCAGCUCCUGCCCCGUUGAGCUGCGCUCCUCGUUGCUUUAUCUACGCGACAAUGAAAACAAAUUUGAUAUUGAAAUCGAAGUGCAAGAUGCAAAGAAUCGCAAGCUGAUGAACAUUAGUUCGCUGCACUUGGAAUGGGAGUUUGCUGCAGGCGAUGAGCGCUAUCAGACAGACAGCAUACCGCAUAAGCAGUUGGCGGAUAUGGAGCUGUAUCAUAGCGUACAGCUGCCAGGACGUGAUGUGCUGGUGCUGACGCUCAACGAAGUGGCGCCCAACUUUCGCAUCAAAGGCAGCGUGACGCACUAUGUGGAGAAGCAGCUGGCGCAGCUGAGCAUCUAUGCAGAGCGCCCGAACUUUGGCGUUAAGAAUCUAAAAACUGGUGAGCUAAGCAAGCCCAUAAUAGAGAAUGAAAUACGCUUCCAUACUGUGAACAAUACGCUGCUGCCAUUGGAUCACAUUAGCAUUUAUCUGGCGAAAUCGCAUAGCGUGCGCAUACCUGUAUCCCAAGGCAGUGGUUACUUCUUAAUGGAGCUAUCCGAGCAGGGCAUAGUGCAAGUGGAGCACAAGGAGGCAGAGCAUCAGUUAGUGUUGACACCUUUGCGCUUGGGUCAUGUGCGCUUGGAGUUAACCGAUCAAUGCUUGAAGCAGGAGCCUUCACAUCUAUCCAUUUCUGUUGUGGGCAUUGGAUCUAUAAGCGUGCGCGCUCUGGAUCGCGUAGAGCGCACCAAUUCCAUUGAAGCCAUUGUGCGAUUGUUUGAUACCAAUGACAAUGCUUUGCAUAUCGAUCACAACAUGUUGGCUGUGUAUCAGCUAAGCGAGUUUGUGUACGAUACUAGCAUAUUGACUGUCAAGCUGGAUGAGCAGCAUGAUCUGGAUGUAGGCGAAAUACGCUAUAGCAUAACAGGCAAUAAUCUGGGUGAAACCAAAAUACUUUUCCAUUCCGGCAAGGGCGAGCGUCAGAUAAGCAGUGAACCGCUCAAUGUGCAGGUGUUUGCGCCACUGCGUCUGUAUCCACGCAAUUCAACGCUGGUUGUGGGCUCCAGCAUACAAAUCUACUACCAAGGUGGACCACAGCCGAAUACCAAUAUUGUUUAUAGCGUAGCAUCGCAACAAGUGGCGACUAUGAACUCUGCUAUUUUGACUGCUCAUAAGCUGGGUGCUACACACAUUACCGGCAGCUGUCUGCUUAAGAAUCCUAUAAGCGGCAAGGACGAAAUUGUCUCGGAGGACACAGUGGAGGUGCGUGUGGUGGCUUUAACAGCGGUGCAAAUUCGCACGCCUCUGGUGCGCAUACGCAGUGGAGCUGUCAUGCCUGCUACGCUCUGGGGUCUGCCUGAUCUGUCGCCCAUGGUGCUGGGAACGCUGCAGAAUAUGCGCAUUAGCUGGAAGGUCAAUCAAGCGGAUGUCGUGGAGCUCUUCAAUGUGUUUACUACAGCGGGCAUUGAAUACCAGAGCAGCGAUUUGAUAUCUGUGCGUAUACGUGCAUUAAAUCCCGGCAAGGUGACCAUAACAGCAACUGUCCAAUUGGCUGAUGGCGUCAAACUGCCUUCGUCCAGCGUCGAGCUAAUUGUUUUCAAAACAUUGGAACUGCUCGCACCAAAGCCUAUAACAAAGGACUGGAUUUUGGCAGCGCCACGUAGCACGCUUCAGUUGAAAUGUAAUAUGGAUGAAGCUAUCUAUAAGUUGGAUGCACACAGUGGCGGCAUUGUUAGCGUCUCGCCAGAUGGUAUUGUCCACACAAAGGAUACACUCGGCCGAGAUCAGAUAAUUGCCCAAACCGUUGACCAAUCGCUGCCCAUUACCAUUGAAGUGAAGAAUGUGCAGUACAUUUUGGUUACACUGCUGCCGGACAUUAAACUAAAGCAGCUGGAGCAUAAAAUACCACGCGGCAUGAAUUUUGUAUUUAAAGUAUCGCUGCACGACAAUUUGGGCAACGAGUUCUCACACAACAUUGUCGAUGUGAACGGCUUGCGUUAUAGCCUGGCCACCAAGGAUGUGGUCGAUGCCCAGAUUGGCAGUAAUCUGACAAUUGCGUUGAAUUUACAACGCGAAACAAACAACAUGAUUGCCAUCAGCUUGAGAGAUGCAACAGGCGUGAAGCAUGCGGAGGAUUACAUCAAGCUGUCCGUGAUGGAGUCGCCACAUAUUUAUCCCACAAAGACAAUUUUCUCUGUGGGUGACAUCAUUUGCUUUGAUUCACCGCUAACAUUAUCAUCGAUUUGGAGCAGCUCCAAUGAGCAGAUGGUGGCGAUUAAUAAAAACACAGGCGUGGCACGCGUGCUGCAUCAUCAGCAAAAGCUGGGCGAAAAGGUGGUGGUGACAUCUGGCGAUAAAACGGGACGCGGCGGUUAUCUCAAGUACGAUCUGGAACUACGCGAGUCGGAUGCGAUUGUGUUCAGCAAAUCCCUGGAUAUAUUCAGCGGUUCGGUUUAUCGAGCGCUGUUGGUGCUGCGCAAUCACAUCCAGACCGAUAAGUUUACAAAUCUGAUUGCCAAGAACGCCACAAAGUGCAUAAGUCAGCUGCAUAAGCUGGAAGUGGAUGCCUUCAGCUGUCGACUGCAGGCUAAGGAUGAGCUGGGCGCGCAGCUAGUGCGCCUCUAUCGCGUGCAGCCGGUGUUUGAUGAGGGCAGCAUGCAAUAUGCUUGCCAGCUGCAGUUGCUGUCCAAUUUUAAUGAGCUGCUGUCGCUGGUGCGCAGUAAUAAUGUUUAUCUCGAGCUGCAGGCGCUAAUGCCGAAUGGCGUGCUGGAUACAAUGUCACUGAAGGUUGUGCCUGGCAUUAAGGUAACGCCGGAGACGCUGCAAAUGCAAUCGCUGAAAUCUCAGGAGUUGCAGGUUAGCGGUCUGGACAAGGCGCUGCUAAAGCUCGAGGUUAAGCCCUCCGAUUCGAGUUAUUUUGCUGUUGAUUUGCUGGAGAAGGCGCAUGGCUUGAGCAAAUAUCGUGUGCGUUUUCUCAAGGAAUUGCCGCUAGACGAACGUUUGUUUAUCUUGGUGCAUUCGCCAGUGACUGAGCAGAGCGUCGAGGUGCCCAUAGUAAGCGAUCAAAUGUUGGCCACAAAGUGCGUUACCGGCACGGGCAGUCCGUUGCUCCAGACGUUCCUUGAGAAUUUCAAGUUUAUUAUAACCAUCGUGUUGAUAGUUAUUGUGUCGAUUUGGGUGUACAUACAUUUAUUCCAGACGCAGACUGUUCUGGAAGUCAACUCCGAGGCUUUUCAACCGAAAGUAAAAUCCAACAACAGCAGCAUGAACUUAUCAGCAAAUAGUUCCAUUGGCUCUGGCGGUGAUUCAAGCGACAACAGUCGUCCUUUUAGUCGUCGCCUGCCGCGCUCACCUGACUUGAAUGAAAGCUUCAUCUACGGCUAUCCACAGCCGUCGCCAAAUCUGCGCCGCUAUAACUAAGACAUUUGUACUUGUAGAUUAGCCAAGUUAACAUUAAAUAUAUACUCAGGUUAUAGUUAGCUAGACAACACUUAAAUAGAAGAAAAACAAAAAUCUAUUUA